GCAGUGGAGGGGUGAAACAUGACCUUGUCGGUUGGUUUGGGGUAGAAGAACCUCCCAACAAAACAAAAAAAAGAAAAGAAAAGAAAAGAAAUCUCCUCCCUUCUCCUCCUCCCAUUAUUCUCCUUCUUUGGAUCACCAUUCGCUAGGAAAACCUCUUACCUCUUGCCCUUGUGGUGUUGAACUUGCGUAUUAACUCCCUCUCACUGUCUUGCCAUUCCCCACCUCUCUCUCUCUCUCACUCCAUUCAGCAUACUUCGAAGCCAUGUUGGCCUCUUGGAAUCAGAUCUCCCUUAGCUCUAUAUAUUAAGGCUAUGUCCAACUUCCAACUCUAAUGAUCUCUACCCUUGGCUCUAAUGGUUCGGAAAUCAGAUACAUGUGGUCGGUGAAUUACUCGCUCAGGUUCUGUUCUCUGGUGUUUCCGGCCUUACUUGUCCUUUUUUUAUAUUUUAUGGGUGUUUAGGGUUUGGAUUUGAUGAUGGUCGCGUAGAAAGUGAAGGGCAGGAGGAUCAAAAAAAGAUAAAAAGAGUCAGGUUCCAUGGAUUUCAGAAGGCAGGAUGUGGAGGAGGAGGAGGAUUGCGACAACCCUCCUCCUCCUCCUCCUCCUCCUCCUCCUCCUCCUCCUCCUCCUAUCAGAGAAUCGGCCUUCGGCAGGCCGAUGCUCUCCCCCUCCUCCUCCCUCCUUUCUCCGAGAGGAGGAGGAGGAGGAGGAGGAGGGGCAAGAAAUGGUCCCAACCCUUCUUCCUCCACCACCCGUACCACGGUCGGGAUCUCCUCAGGAACGGGUGGUGGGGCUGAUCCCCCCACCAGCGAGGCUGACACCACAAUUCGGUACCGGGAGUGCCUCCGGAACCAUGCCGCCAGCCUCGGUGGUCAUGUCCUCGACGGUUGCUGUGAAUUCAUGCCUAGCAGCAGCGACGAGGCCUUCAAAUGCGCCGCUUGCGGCUGCCACCGCAGCUUCCACCGCAUCGAUGGCGAUUCCUCUCCCUCCCGUUCCACCUCUAACUCUCUUUAUCGCGUCCACGACACCAGAGUCCCCCUCUUGCUUCCACCACUCCAUCCCCAUCAUCCUCCUCCUCCUGCUUCUUAUCAUCACCACCAGAAGCAAUUCUUCUUUCGCAGCAGCAACGCUGCCAGCGGGGGCACGACCACGGAGUCCUCGAGCGAGGAGCUGAAUGCGGGGGCCGGGCCACCGCAGCGGCCAUAUAUGGUGUCCAGGAAGAGGUUCAGGACCAAGUUCUCGGCGGAGCAGAAGGAGAGGAUGUUGGAUUUUGCGGAGCGGGUGGGAUGGAGGAUCCAGAAGCAGGAUGAGGCAUUGGUGGAGGAGUUCUGCGCCGAGGUCGGGGUCAGCAGGCAGGUCCUCAAGGUGUGGAUGCACAACAAUAAGCACUCCAUCAGGAAGCAACAGCAGCAAGGAGAAGAGCAUCAAGAUAUGUGAGAGGAUUGUCAAGCAGCGUAUGACAAGAACAGCUUUGUAAUCGACCGGACACUGGUUUGAGCUAAUCACUAGUUGCUUCUCGAGAUUGACUUAGAUUAGAAAUUAGAUGCAUGCAUAUUUAUAUAUAUAUAUAUAUAUAUAUAUAUAUAUAUAUAUAUAUAUUUAUCUACUUGUUUAUGAUGUGUGACCUUUGUUCUACUUAUUCUUCCUGUAGCUUGAUGACAGACAAAGCAAGACCCGUCAUCUGCUUGUCCUCCUCUUGCUAAACCACCUAUUAAUUUGUCCCUACUCUAAUGGUACCACCUCCCUUUAUUU